CUUCAGCGUGCCGAAGUUAGCUUCCUUUCUUGUUUGUUUAUUCGUACGAUUUGAUGAUUCAUUGUAACUAUAAUUACGAUUCUAAAAAAAGUAUGAGUUGCCCCUACAAAUUUUAAGUCGAAAGAUAAAGGUUUGAGAACUUAGUAAGCAGCGUCGCAUUCGAGACUAUAAAAGGCCCUGCUCGUUCAUUAAAACGACAACUCUUAAGUUACAAAUAUUUCUGUAUUAAUAUAUGCGACAUGGCCUCCAGUGCAAAAAAGGAACAUUUUGAGGAGCUAGUAGAGAGCAUGGCCGUAGAAGAGGUGGAAAGGAUCCUCGCGUUGUCGAGCAGCGUCGAAAAGACUCUGCAAGACUCGGAGGCCUGUAAGCUGCUACGGAGUUUCAUGGAAAGCGCCAACAAAUCCUUGCAGUGUCUGGAUAUUUAUGAGAAAUGCGCCGAGUUCCUUGCGGAGAAACACCCCUUAUACGAUUCCUUCGAGUUGGACAUACUGGCCCGUUUGGGAUUGGCCCCCCAUCUGAAGCAGAAUCUAGCGUAUCGCUUGGAGAAUGGCGAUCCGAUUUCAAUUAGCCUCUGUCUUAAAAACAUCAUGCGAAGUUGUCGCGACGAGAUAGAGGAAUUCUUCACCGACUUUAAGGACUCUAUUACAAAAAAGUUAUCAAAUCUAAAGCUGGAACCACAGGAAUAAUAUCAGUUUCUUUAAUUUAAA